AUGUCAGAACAGUCGUCAAAGAAGCACCCGAUUCAAAAGCACGGAAGAACCUUUGCGGAGCAUCAUCGUGGUCUGGUGACAGACUUAAAAGCCAGCACCUCCCAUGAAGCUGACAGUAAGCCAUCAACGCAAGUUGCGCCCGUUGAAGACUCCAGUUGGGUUCGCAGUCAUCCCGACUGGUUCCCCCAGUUAAACCGAUGGAUCGAUCACGCCAGUAGGCAACUGUCCUCCGACCUGACGGUUAUGCCUCAAAACUUCUUCACUCUGCAGCCCCUUGAGGUCUCCGGCAUGAACUUGGGUGAUGCACCCACCGCCAUGAUGUUCGCUGAUCGCCAGAUGGCGAACCUACGUCAUGAGAUGGAAGAAUCCAUCAAGGCAAUGAACGUGGGAGCAACCGAUGAGGUGGCAGUCCCGACUGAUGGCCCGGCUGGCGAGCUCGGUUAUUUGACAAACGCUUAUGAGCCCGGAAGAGAUGGUCAUCUCCACUUCAAGGUUCGUUACAAUGUCCAAGACUUCCUGCCAGAGGACGUAGAGGUAACCAUGAGAGGCAACUGCUUAGUUGUGCAUGGAAAGAAGACAGAGGAUACGGCUGAUGGUGGAGUGCAUACUCGCGAAUUCUGCCGUACGGUGGUUGUUCCGAACAAAGUGAACAAGGACAACAUCCAUGCUUCCUUGACUUCUGACGGUGUGCUGGUUGUGGAUGCGCCGCUGAAAGAACCCGACUACAGCAUCUACAGGUUCGACGACGACCGGAAGCUUUGGAUUGCUGCAAAACCGCAUGGAGAAGCACCGGCUGGGAUGGACCUUGCUAUCACCGGCAAGGACGGUGCCGUUGUGAUGGGUGAUGCGGAACACAGGAAAUUGCAUUUGGAGGCGCCUGUGGAUUCGCACUUGGAGCCGAAGGACAUCACUGUCAGGGUGGAUGCAAACAGAUUGCGUAUCAGUGGCGCACAUGCUGAAAAACAUGACCAGAGUAUCGGCACUGGUGAAGUUCACAGCUCUGAAAGAAUGAUUUUCUGCAAGUCCUAUGCUCUUCCUCAAAUUAUUGACGCCUGCGCAGCCACUGUGGUUCUGAAGGAUCAUCGACUUGUGCUGGAGGCUCCGCUCAUGAAAUUCUGA